AUGGGACUGCCCAAUGCGCGACAGGGCUCCUUUCUCCCGUCACCUCAUCAUGCUGGAGACAUGGUCGCACAUCGUUCGCGUGCAAAGCCCUGGGUUGUCCACAUCACUUACUCGCAAAUCGGACCUGAUGUACCGACGCGAGCUGCUGGCCAAUUGCUGCACAGCGGAAGUGUGUUCAUGGGUGGUUCAGCCUCCAGGAACGCGCUCGCCCUGUUGGCAAUACAAUCAACCUGGGGUGCGUGGUCGUGGAGAUUGUCCUUUCCAGGGCCUCGAAAGGAGUCUUACGAGGCUCGUAUUCUAUUCAAUGGAUCAUUGUGCAACACCAUCUCAGCAGCUGGUGCCGCUUCUCCCCAUCGGCAUAACUCGCGUAGAUUUGGCGUCGUCGUUCACAGUCCAGAUGUGCUUGAUAAAUAUGAGUUAGCGGAUGAUCGUCGAGUGUCCGCGAGUAGAGUCUUGGUGGACAGCGCUUGGUCUGUGAGCAGGGUGAAGCAUGAUCAAAGUUUGCGAGGCCCCAGGCUGUCAAAUCUCUCGUUUCCAGGGACAUCCUGCGCGCACUCCAUCACGCAACCUGCAAACGGCCUCGCGUGCUUCACACAGGAUUGUGAUCACCUGCGGGAACAGAAUCGGCGACGACUGUUGACGACCAACCCUUCACACAGCGAGAAUAUUAAUGUCUGCGACAGAGCAGCAACAUCUGCCGCAGCGUGCAUCGACGGACGUCUAUCAGAGUUCCCGCCCGAGAGCCUGUUCCUGGUCGUUGCCGAUCGUUCCUUGCAUGAUGAAGAACUCGCCAACCAGUAG